CCAAUCGGCGUGAGGCCGAGCCGCUCGAGCGGAGGCGCCAAAGCGACGGCGGCGGCGGCGGGGAGAGCAGCCGCGGUCCUGGUCCCGCCCCUUGCACCCUCUCAGCCGGCCCGGCCCGUUCCGUCCCGUCCCUCGCUUCAGGUCCGAGGCCCGGCCACUCUCUCCGGCUUUCACUUUCACUGCGGUAAAGGGAACGGCCGUCAUGCAGUAAGUCGCGGGCCCGGCGCUGAGCGAAGCCGGUGGCGGACCAUGAAGCGAGUACGCACAGAACAGAUUCAAGCUGCUGUGGCUCACUACCUCAGAAGAAGGCAAUUUGUGGACUCGGAUGGAGCCAUGAAGCAAGGACCCAAGUUUUCUCAGACUGCUGAAGAAAUGGCGACCAACUUGACAGUUCAGGCAGAGUCUGGGUCUCCCAAUGUGGUUUCUGCGGCUCCCUGUCAAGCUGAUCCUAAUCAAUAUGAGAUACAGUUUGGGAGGCUUAAAAUCUUCCUUUUUGAUACAGAAUCGAAGUACAGCCGAGAAGUAAAACAACCUUACCCUUUAUUUGUCUACCUCCAUCUUGACAUGGUACAUAGCGGUUUGAAGAGUGCAGCAGAUAGCUUCUACAGUCGCUUCCAUGGAAUGUUUCUGCAAAACACUGAUCAAAAGGACAUCAUGGAACAGCUAAGGAGUACUCUAAACAGCCAGGAUAUUUAUUCAAACUCCAAGCUGCGUACUCUAAUUGAAAACAAGUAUGUUGUUAGCCUUACUGAAGAAAGUUAUAACUAUCUUCUCCGCUACCUCCAGAGUGACAACAAUAGUACUUUGUGCAAGGUUCUAGCCUCACGUGUUCACUUGGAUGUGCAGUGUUCUCAGCAGACUGGCUAUCAGCUAUACAGUGUUGGAGCCCUUUCUCGAAGUGAGGGGUUGGGCUUGGAGCCUCCAGAGAUGCCCUCUGCCAUGUUGCAGAAUGAAGCAGCAUUGGAGAUGUUACAAGACAGUAUAAAACGAGUAAAGGAUGGGCCGCCCUCUCUCACAACAAUAUGUUUCUAUGCUUUCUACAACACAGACCAGUUGCUCAACACUGCGGAAAUUUCACCCGACAAUAAACUGCUCAGUGCUGGCUUUGACAAUUCUUGUAUUAAACUCUGGAGCUUGCGAUCGAAGAAACUUAAAUUCGGGCCACAGCAAGUGGAUGUUUCUCGAAUCAAUCUUGCGUGUGAUAUCUUUGAUAAUGAGGUGGUAGAUGAUGUGGGCAGCGAAAUGAAGAUCCUGAGAGCACACUGUGGGCCUGUGUACGGUACCAAGUUUCUCUCAGAUAAUUUGGGACUUCUGUCUUGUUCAGAGACACAACAGUUCGAUACUGGGAUUUGUGCAGUUUUAAAAAACACUGGUUUGUAUCAAGGGCAUGCUUAUCCAGUCUGGGACUUGAACGUUAGUCCCCUGAGCCUUUACUUUGUGAGUGGAUCACAUGAACGGACUGCAAGACUUUGGGCACUUGACAGAACAUACCCACUGCGCAUUUAUGCAGGUCACUUAGCAGAUGUGGACUGUGUAAAAUUUCAUCCAAAUUCUAAUUAUGUGGCCACCGGCUCGAUAGAUAAAACUGUGGCGGCUUGGAGUACUCAGCAAGGGAACACAGUUCGUCUCUUCACAGGACAUCGUGGCCCUGUGCUGGCUUUGGCCUUUUCUCCUAAUGGGAAGUACUUGGCUUCAGCAGGUGAAGAUCAACGACUGAAGCUAUGGGACCUCGCAUCAGGUACUUUAUUCAAAGAGCUGAGAGGGCAUACUGACAACAUCACUAGCCUUGCAUUUAGUCCAGAUAGCAGUCUAAUUGUUUCUGCGUCAGUUGACAAUUCUGUCCGUGUCUGGGAUAUUCGUAACACUUACUCUAAUUCGUCAGUGGAUGGUUCUUCCAAUGAGCUGGUGGGUGUAUAUACAGGACAGACCAGUAAUCUUUUGAGUGUUCAGUUCAUGUCCUGUAAUCUGGUGUUGGUUACUGGAGUUGCACAAGGAUCAUAAGCAUAAGUGAACAAUUCUAGUGUUUAGAAAGUUCUAGAAAAUUAAGUCACGUGGACCACAUGUAUUAAGUGCAUUUUCUGGCAUGCCUUGGUCAAGUAAUGUG